AUGGAUUUACAGCGCCCAAUAUUACUCCAAGGACACGAGCGUUCUUUGACGCAGAUUAUCUACAACAAAGACGGUGAUCUUAUAUUCUCCGUAUCCAAAGAUCACAGAAUAAACGUCUGGUACUCGCAUAACGGUGAGAGACUUGGCACUUACGAAGGCCACAAGGGUACUGUAUGGACAGUCUCCGUUGAUAAGAAAUCAGAAUUCUUGGUGUCUGGUUCAGCGGAUAAUGCGUUAAAACUUUGGUCUGUGAAGACAGGCGCAUGUCUGUACACUUGGGAAUUCCCAACAGCUAUCAAGCGCGUGCAGUGGUCUAACGAUGACAGCAAGAUAUUGGCUGUCACGGAGGAGCGUAUGGGGUACAAGGGAGCUCUUCGUAUUAUUGAGAUAAACAAAGAACAACCAACACAGCAAGCGGCUGAGCCCAAGCACUUUUUCGAGCCUGCAGGAAGCAAAGUAACCGUUGCAGCAUUCACAGCUAUUCCAAACGAGAUAGUCACAGCGCAUGAAAGCGGUAAGAUUGCCAAGUUUAACUAUGAAGAGAAGAAGCAGAUUGGCGAGAAUGAAGAGGCACAUCAAGACAGCAUAAUGGAUUUGCAACUCUCGCCAGAUCAGAGCUAUUUCAUUACAUCGAGUAAAGACAAGAUUUCGAGGCUCUUUGACACAAAGACUUUGGACGUCAUCAAAACAUUUAGCACCGACUCACCUCUCAACUCAGCAUCUAUAGCCCCAGGCAGUCACUAUAUUAUCCUCGGUGGUGGACAGGAAGCGAUGAAUGUUACAACAUCUGGCCGUUCAGGAAACUUUGAGUGCAGAUUCUGGCACAAGGUGUUUGCGGAGGAAGUGGGCAGAGUGAAGGGACAUUUCGGACCAAUCAAUACGAUCGCAGUACAUCCACAAGGAAAGGCGUUUGCGAGUGGAGGAGAGGAUGGAUACGUGCGUGUGCAUUGGUUUGAUGAUUCGUACUUUAGAACUAAGGUUUAUGGAGAAUUGGAGCCGGUGUUGGAUUAG